GUGACUGCCUGACCAGGAAUUGGCGGCAGCGCUGCAACCAUUUCCGGUUUCGAGGAAGUGGGUGCGGUGCGGAGCGGGAUCGGAGUGGAAUCGGAGUGCCGCCACCGCCGCCGCUUCUCCUUCCAGAGGCUUCCUUGCGCCUAGUGCUGCUGGACGAUGCGGCCCGGGCCUGCAGGCUGCUCCUGCCGCCGCCCCAUGCGGGCGAACGGCUUCGUGGCGAACGGGGAAUUGCGGAACGGGUACGUGAGGAGCGGCGCAGCUCUCACCGCCGCCGCCGGCCAGAUCCAUCAUGUUACAGAAAAUGGAGGACUUUAUAAAAGACCAUUUAAUGAAGCUUUUGAAGAAACACCCAUGCUGGUUGCUGUGCUCACAUAUGUAGGGUAUGGUGUCCUCACCCUCUUUGGAUAUCUUCGAGAUUUCUUGAGGCACUGGAGAAUUGAAAAAUGUCACCAUGCAACAGAAAGAGAAGAACAAAAGGACUUUGUGUCAUUGUAUCAGGAUUUUGAAAACUUCUAUACAAGGAACCUCUACAUGAGGAUAAGAGACAACUGGAAUCGACCGAUCUGUAGUGUGCCUGGAGCCAAAGUGGACAUCAUGGAGAGACAGUCUCAUGAUUAUAACUGGUCAUUCAAGUAUACAGGGAAUAUAAUUAAAGGAGUUAUAAACAUGGGUUCCUACAACUAUCUUGGAUUUGCACGGAACACUGGCUCAUGUCAAGAGGCAGCUGCCAAAGUCCUAGAGGAGUAUGGAGCCGGAGUAUGCAGCACUCGGCAGGAAAUUGGAAACCUGGACAAGCAUGAAGAACUAGAGAAGCUUGUAGCAAGGUUCUUGGGAGUAGAAGCUGCUAUGGCAUAUGGCAUGGGAUUUGCAACAAAUUCAAUGAACAUUCCUGCUCUUGUUGGCAAAGGUUGCCUUAUUCUAAGUGAUGAACUGAACCAUGCAUCACUGGUUCUAGGAGCCAGACUGUCAGGAGCAACUAUUCGAAUCUUCAAACACAACAAUAUGCAAAGUUUAGAGAAACUGUUGAAAGAUGCCAUUGUCUAUGGUCAGCCUCGGACACGAAGGGUCUGGAAGAAAAUUCUAAUCCUCGUGGAAGGUAUAUAUAGUAUGGAGGGGUCUAUUGUUCGCCUUCCUGAAGUGAUUGCCCUUAAGAAGAAAUACAAGGCUUACCUGUAUCUUGAUGAGGCUCACAGCAUCGGGGCCCUGGGCCCUACAGGCCGAGGUGUAGUGGAGUACUUUGGGCUGGAUCCUGAGGAUGUAGACGUUAUGAUGGGAACGUUCACAAAGAGCUUCGGUGCUGCUGGAGGAUACAUUGGAGGCAAGAAGGAGCUGAUAGACUAUCUGCGCACACACUCCCACAGUGCAGUGUAUGCCACGUCCCUGUCGCCACCUGUGGUGGAGCAGGUCAUCACCUCUAUGAAGUGCAUCAUGGGGCAGGAUGGCACCAGCCUUGGCAAAGAGUGUGUGCAGCAGUUAGCUGAAAAUACCAAGUAUUUCAGGAGACGCCUGAAGGAGAUGGGCUUCAUUAUUUAUGGAAAUGAAGAUUCUCCAGUGGUGCCUUUGAUGCUCUACAUGCCAGCCAAAAUUGGCGCCUUUGGGCGGGAGAUGCUGAAGCGGAACAUUGGUGUAGUUGUGGUUGGAUUUCCUGCCACCCCAAUUAUUGAGUCUAGAGCCAGGUUUUGCUUGUCGGCAGCUCAUACCAAAGAAAUACUUGAUACGGCUUUAAAGGAGAUAGAUGAAGUUGGGGACCUAUUGCAGCUGAAGUAUUCCCGUCAUCGAUUGGUGCCUCUACUGGACAGACCGUUCGACGAGACAACUUAUGAAGAAACGGAAGACUGAGCCUUUCUGGUGCUCCCUUAGAGGAACUCUCCCUCACCCAGGACAGUGUGUGGCCUUUCUGAGCCAGGUCUAGGAACCACACUUCUGUGGUCACCUCACAUCAAAGGCAUUUCCUCAACUACUGAAGGUGGCCACCCUGUACUCUUUUGUAAAUACUCAACUGCUUGACUUCCUUCCUUUGCUAAAUCUUACCUUUUAAAGAGGAAGUGACUUGCUUUGUCCAUUAAAAAGCAUUUUAUUUUAUAUCUAUUCUACUUGUGAAAUCCCGCUGACCCUAUCUUAUCUGGCUAACCACAUAGGUAUUUCCCUCUCCAGCCACCUCGAGGGCUUGGCCCCUUGGCUGUCCAGCCUUGACUCACCAGCCCUCCUCCUCAGGGAGCAAGUGCCUUCCACUUACUUCCAUCAGGUGUCAGAGGUUGUCCAUCUUGGAACCCUUAUUCAACCAGUCAUAUAAUCAACUAAAGUAUUCUCCCUUCAGUCUUCAGUUCAGCCUUUGAAGAAAAACAGUAAGCAGUAACAGUGCUGAGCAGGUCAUGUGUAACUCCUCCUGGCCAGGGGUCUCUCUGGUCACCAGAUGAUUUCUUCCUUCACUAUCAAGUAUGUCUUCCUAUGGUCACAGUCUGAGGGUAUGCCCAAAUUUUCUGUUCUUCCCAACCUGUGAUCAUAAUACCUCCAACCUCCUACUUGAAAUAGUCAACGUUUUAGAAGUACCUACGUCCCACCAAGGAUAGACAUCAGUGGUAAAAAUUCACUGUUACUAUUUUGUGUAUAAAGCUUCUCAAUAAAUGUUGGGCAUUCCUGGUGGGGUAAGGGGCAGGCGCACUGUGGAAAGAAUUGAUUAUUUGCAGAAUGUCUGUGAUCGUGUUUCUAUCUCUACUUUUCAAAAAUUAUGAUAGCUUCUGGUGAGACUUGGGUCUAGAUUUGGAUUCAGACUGAAAAAGGAAAAUGUUGGUCAUUCUUCUGCUCAGAAAUGAUUUAUCAUGUUCCUAUUUCAGGAUUAGAGUUAACUUAGUCCUUUUAGAAGCUGAUGCACUGACCUCUUUCUGAGUGGUAAAUCCUAUUCCUGAUAUCCUGACAUGAUCUUGACCUGGCCAGUAGGGCUAAAGUCUCCCUGUGCUUCCAUUAUGUGUUUUUCCCUCAGAAAGUCCAAUCACAUUUCUCUUUCCUAAACUAGAAUAUCCUCUAUUUGGAUUCUGUGUUCAUACUAUAACCAGGUAAAGGUGACUUUCAGAGAGCUUUAUACCGCUUGACCAAAGAACAUACUGAAACUCACCACUUUGCAGUUGUUAUUUUUUUCUUUUUACCAAAGCUUAAGUGAAGCAAACUUUUGGCUUUAUUGUACCCAAGAUCAGCUUGUCUUUUAGUGGCCAUCAAGUAUUAUUGGGAACAGAAUGAAAAAAACGAUGUAUAAAAGUAGUUUUUCACAUUUCUCUUUUUGAAAUUGCACCUUUGAUUGGUAAAGAUUCCCAGUCCACAUUCUUCUAGGCAUCUUGUCAUCAGCUGUGGAAUGUUUGUGCAAAUACAUGUUGUGGAGGAUGUAAGCAAUAUUGUUUGUGAAAUUUUGUUUCCAUGUCCUGCAUAUAAAAGUUAUCUUUAGGGGCCGGGGAUUUAGCUCAGUAGUUCCACCGCCUGCUUCACAAGCACAAAGACCCAAGUUUGAUCCCUGGUACCAAAAAAAAAAAGUUAUCUGGGCUGGGGAUUUAGCUCAGUGGUUUCGGCUGCCUGCUGCACAAGCGCAGGAACCUGAGUUCGAUCCCCAGUACCAAAAAAAAAAGUUAUUUUUGGUCACUCUCAGCAUCUGAGAGCUUAAGUCCUUGAGAUAUUCCAAGGUUUUAUAUCACUUUUUUGAAGAACAUAAAAGGGUGAGAAAAAGAACCAAGAAGAGAUACAGGGAUUAUAUUUAGCAUGUACAUGUUAAAGUUACUAGGCUGAGGUAACUAAGUAACUAGUCCUGUAAAAUAAAAUACACUGCUAACUUUCCCGUGUGUCUAGCUCCCCACUGCAGAAUCCUACUGGAAUACCAGGUAGCUUUGGCACUGCAGUUACUAUUUAAUGGUGUAUAUGUAGGCUUAUAAAAGUCAAAGAUUUUAAGCAAUGAAUUUACCUGCUAGUCUUUUUAACUUGCAUGAAGUCACUCCAAAUUAAAAUUUCAUUGGUGCAAAAUUAUUUCAGAAUCAAUGGUGAGUUACAAGUUUAUUUCGAAGGGACAAAACUCCUGUGACCAUCCAGGACCUCUGAACUCUCUAGAAGAGAAAAUGUUAUACAUAAAUAUGGCCAGUUGUCUUUUCUUGAAACUGUAAUGUAAAUCUGAGUCCAGUCAUAUUAUAGGCAUCAUUAGCUAAGUUCUUAGGGAAACACAAGUAUAUAUGAAUAAGUCAUGAGAAUGAGUAGAUACCUGAGGCAUAAAAAUACUGCUUAGUACAGUUUAUUUUCCAAAAUAAAAAUACCUUUUUUCUUUUCAUAUAAUAAAAUGAUACACAUUAUAAAAUGUGUUUAGUACAGUUUAACAUGACCUGAUUCAAGAAUCUGGUGAGAUUAAAACAUGUAUCAAUCAUCACUGCCAAACUUGAUAACCUGAGUGGAUCAAUAGAGAUGUGACUAAUUCUCACAUUUUCUCACUCUUUGUAUUUACCAUUGCUUUUAUUCAUUCCCAGUUUAUGAGACCUCUUUCAGUAGAUCACAUCAAUAAAUGCAUAGCUAGGAAACAUCAAAAUCCCAUACAAAGAGUGGAUCAACUGGUUUUUGCGUUUCUUCUCCAAUCUUUAUUUUAAAAGCUUUAACCUAGCAGUACAGGGAUUUGAGGGCACCUUUUUAAACUUUUUUCUUUGCUUCAGGUUUUUGGUGUGUUUUUGGUACCAGGGAUUGAACCAGGGUCCUUGUGCUUAUGCAGCAGGUGGUAAAACUACACUGCUAAAUCCCCAGCCAGAUUGUUCUGUUUUUAAUCCCCUUCAUAAAGAGAUUCCAGUCUCUAGAACCCUGUGUGGUGCUUGUUUGAGGAGUCCUGCCAUCUUAGUCCUUUAGUUACUACCUUAAGUUCUCAUGAGAGGGUGAGGGUUCUAAAUGGUCAGAACUGGUUUCUUCAUAUGUAGUCACAGGUGAACAGGAACAUCCUGCAUCCAUGCUAAGGGCUCUGCUUUUGCCCCAUGGCUCUUUCAGAUGCUAAGGAACUUUUCCCAGUGAUUUAGCUCUGUAAUCCCUCCCUCCUUCACUUGUCCUUUUUUAUCUUCCAGUUACUGAUUUUUAGAAUUUCAGCUCCAGAGAAAACUGAUGUAUGAUGAUCCUGUCCUUCAAGGAUCAGUAGUUCAGAGCCCUGGUUCUCUGUCCAUUCAGCCUUACAUUUCAGGAGGAGAUCAGGAGCAGUAUUUCAUCCCUCCUAAUUAAAGGAGCCUGUAUCUAAGUUUCUCGUGGAUGAUAUGAUCUAGCUAGAUUUUCUAGUGUAUAAUACACUUUGCUUCCUACCUAUUAGUAAAACCGGGAGGAAGAAUGGCUCACUUGGAAAGAUUUCCUGACUUCCCAGGGAAGGGGGAAAAAAUGAUGGGAUUUACCACUACCUCCCUGUUUUUCUCUUCCAAAUCAGUGAAGAUGUCUGGUCCCCAGUGAUACUGAAUAGGCAUAUUAGGGUAGAACUGCUGGUCACACCUAGGCAAUGAAGAAAGAGAAUCUGGCUAAUUCUUUUUUUGUCUGGAUUUGUAACAUUGUGGCAAAAGUACCUAGAAAAGACUAAAUGCAAUUGUUCUGUUGUAUGAAGAAUUAUUGUGACCUAAUUCCCAGGCUGCCUUUCCUCUUCUGGUGUUUUCUAGGUAAACCACAAAGGGUUUAAUCUGUAUUUGCUUCCAAUGCUGGUUAGAAAAAGAGGGAGAGGGCUGGGGAUUUAGCUCAGUGGUUUUGCUGCCUGCUGCUCAAGCGCAAGGACUUGAGUUCCUUCCCCGGUACCAAAAAAAAAAAACAGAAAAAGAGGGAGAACAGUGGUUUUCCUUUUCUAACUACCUACAUUCAUGAAGAUCAGAAUUGUUGAGCAUUUUACACAGGUAAAAUCAGUCCAAAGGGGCUGGAGAUGAGACGUAGGAAAAUCAAAGAUUCUUUCUAGCUGCUUAGCCAAGAAUCUAUUAAAAAAUUUUUCAAGCCCCAGAAUCUAUAGAUGUAUGGUUUUCUGCUUAACAUGGAAGCCCAGUGCCCAGCAGGCAUCUUAAACCCUUUAGGGCAGUUAGUCAAAACACCUUCCAUGUGGAGAAAAGCAUGUCCCUUCCUCUUCUCUGCUUUAUCCACAUGAAAUUCUUGCUCGGGCUCCAAGCCAGUUGCCUGUGUCCAGCCAGAUAGCUGAAGUAGAGGGCUGGCACCCUCCUCUAUCACACAGAAGAAAUGCUAGUUCUAGGCAGUGACCCCUUGGCUUUACUUGUGUACAAAAUGCUAUUGUUCCUUUUGUGAUUUCCAGUGAUUUGUUGUCCAAGGGACUGUUUGCUCUAGAUUUAGUCUUCUGGGAAAGAAACAAAAGGGGCUGGCUUCAGCCCCUCGUGGAAGUGAUUAGUCUUUUGACUUGCAUCUGGAGAUUAUACAUCCAUGGUCCACCCUCGCAAGGUGGCUUGGGGGGAGCCAUGGACAAGGUUUUGUUUACUAUAUAGUACACAUGACAAAUGGCCUUAAGCUGUUAUUCUUUCUGGUAUGAUGAGUUGUAAUAAACUGACCCUAAAGAACACAGUGGUUCUUACGCUGCAGUUACUGUGUUCUUGAUGAAGCAAAACCCAAAGCUCUGUUCUUCUAGUGCUGUUCUGGGAGGUUGAAUGAAAGGUUGUUGUAGCUUUAUGUCUAUUUCAUUGCCAUUGUGUGAAGAAGUGAAUCUUUCCAUGCACAAGGAGACUUGAGCCAACUCUGAGUUUGCUUUUCCAAUACAGUUCCCAGGUUUCUGUGCAAAGCUCGGUUACUUGUCCUAGGCCAGGGAUGACAAACCUUUUAGAGCCUUCAGUGAGAGCAGCCAGCCUGCUAUGGCACAUGUGGCAUAGGUUCGUCACCACUGGUCGAGGCCUUCCGAGAAAGCAGGGGACAUACCACUGACUAGGGUGGAAUGAUAACCCAUCUUCACCCUUAACGCUGUUUGUUACCUCAGGAUUGUAUACUCAGUAGCUGGAAUUACAAAAAGCUUCCUUGCUGGGGCUUCACAGAACACUGGAACUGGAAAUCACCCCGUCAGUCCAGCCUGCAUACCCAGUCUUGAUGAUCCCUCUCUGUAGAAAGGCAGCUAACAAUAAGAGAAGGGGGAAAGAGGUAGAAGACAGCAGUGCUUAUGGGAGAGCUGAGGUCUUAUUUUGUUGAUCUAUAUUUUUCCACUGACCAAGUUAACUUGUCAAUGACUUUGCAAGGUGUGCUGUGAUGUUAACUCCUUCCAUUGCUGUAAUGUUAGUAUAAUCUGGGAAAGUGAGUAAAGGAGAAAUGUAAAUAAAAUUUUUUAAAUUUUGGUAAUGUGUUAAAAUGUCACUCUUUCUCCAUUACCCUGCCUUCUUGACAGAUGAUGAUUUUUUAUUUUUAUUUUUUAUUGGAUGUCUGUGAAGUGGAUUGGGGAUCAGUGUAUCAGUUUUCAGAACACAUGUUAAAGAACUAAAGAACUUCUUAAGAUGACAUAAGAAUCAUCUCAUGCAGAUAUAUUGAUUUGUCCUAAUAAAGCAUUUACAAAGAUA